GGAUGGGAGUGUAUUGAAGAGAAGAAGUGUGUGAAGUGAGAGGUGUAAUGAAUUGAUGCAGCAGGUCUAGUACCAGAAACUUGGCAGAAGGGCUCUCUGGCAAUAGGAUGUGAUUGAACAUUACAAAAGCCAGAGCCUGCUCUUUCUUUCCAUUGCACAUUUUUCAAAGUAGUUAUAUCCUGUUCAUCAUCUUCCUCCUUUACUCUCUCACUUUCACUCAUGUCGGUGAAUGCAAGACUUCAUCUUUCUUCCUAGCUUAUCCCUUUAUGUUUAAGAAUAAUACCAACUUCCUCAUUUGUCACUUUCUAUCGAAUAAAAUCUCAUCUUUGAGGUUCAGAUAGGCUCCAAUUCUUCUAUCUAUGAGAACUGGGCUAUGGCUACUUCUUGCAAACGAUUUCUUCUCGGAUUCGUGGUGGUGUUGCUGAGCUUUGCUUCUGUGGACUGUGAUGCUGACGGUAUUGUUUUGCUGGAGAUAAAGAAGUCAUUCAGAGAUGUUGAUAAUGUGCUGUAUGACUGGACUGACACUCCAUCUUCAGACCAUUGCGUCUGGAGAGGAAUUGACUGUGAUAAUGUCACCUACAAUGUGGUUGCACUUAAUCUUUCAGGCUUGAAUCUUGAUGGAGAAAUUUCACCUGCUAUAGGGCAGCUAAAGAGCCUAGUUUCAGUUGACUUGAGGGGGAAUCGGCUCUCUGGUCAAAUCCCGGAUGAGAUUGGGGACUGCUCUGCUCUACAGAGCUUGGACUUAUCAUUCAAUGAGCUCUUUGGUGAUAUUCCCUUCUCAAUUUCAAAACUGAAGCAACUGGAGACUUUGAUUUUGAAAAACAACCAGCUUAUUGGUCCAAUCCCUUCAACACUCUCACAGAUUCCUAACUUGAAAAUUUUGGACUUGGCUCAGAAUAGAUUGAGUGGAGAAAUACCUAGAUUGUUGUACUGGAAUGAGGUUCUUCAAUACCUGGGGCUGAGGGGUAACAACCUCCAAGGUUCACUCUCUCCAGAUAUAUGUCAGCUAUCCGGCUUGUGGUAUUUUGAUGUUAGAAAUAAUAGCUUGAGUGGUCCGAUUCCUGAAAACAUCGGCAACUGCACUUCGUUCCAGGUUUUGGACUUGUCGUAUAACAAUUUAACGGGGGACAUUCCAUUCAAUAUUGGAUUUCUUCAAGUUGCUACCUUGUCCUUGCAGAAUAACCAUUUCUCUGGGCAGAUUCCAUCAGUUAUUGGUCUUAUGCAGGCAUUGGCAGUGCUAGACCUAAGUUUUAACAUGCUGAGUGGAACGAUCCCUCCAAUUCUUGGAAAUUUAACCUACACAGAGAAACUGUAUCUUCAUGCAAACAAGUUAAGUGGAUCAAUCCCCCCCGAGCUUGGAAAUAUGACAAAGCUUCACUAUCUGGAAUUGAAUGAUAAUCAGCUGACAGGGCGUAUUCCACCAGAACUUGGGAAGCUUACAGACUUAUUUGAUCUAAAUAUAGCUAACAAUCAUUUGGAGGGGCCGAUACCAGAUAAUCUUAGCUCCUGCACAAACCUUAACAACCUAAACGUGCAUGGAAACAAAUUGAAUGGAACUGUUCCCUUGGCAUUUCAAAAGCUUGAAAGCAUGACUUAUUUGAACCUAUCCUCCAACAAUCUCAGAGGCCCCAUUCCCAUUGAGUUGUCUCGUAUUGGCAAUCUGGACACGCUAGACCUCUCCAAUAAUAACAUCAGCGGUGAUAUGCCCUCCUCUCUUGGCGACCUGGAACAUCUCUUGAAACUAAAUUUAAGCAACAAUGCUCUGACGGGCUACAUACCGGCUGAAUUUGGCAAUUUGAGAAGCAUUAUGGAGAUAGAUCUUUCAAAUAAUCACCUUUCUGGUCAAAUUCCCGAUGAGCUUAGCCAGCUUCAAAAUCUCUUCAUGCUGAAACUGGAAUACAACAAUAUAUCGGGUGAUGUGAUGUCGCUUGCCAACUGCCUCAGUCUUACCGUGCUGAACAUUUCAUACAACAAUCUUGUUGGAUUUAUUCCCACAGCAAAGAACUUCUCCAGGUUUCCACCUGAGAGUUUUGUAGGCAAUCCAGGACUCUGUGGCUAUUGGCUCAGCUCAAACUGCCGUGCACCUCGACCCACUGAGCGAGUCUCGAUUUCUAAAGCAGCUAUACUCGGAAUAGCUCUUGGAGCUAUGGUGAUUCUUCUGAUGAUCUUGAUUGCAGCUUGUCGUCCCCACCAUCCGAAGACUUUCACAGUUGGGCCUCUCGAUAAGCCAGUUAACUACUCGUCUCCAAAGCUUGUUAUCCUUCACAUGAACAUGGCUCUUCAUGUGUACGAAGACAUAAUGAGGAUGACGGAGAAUUUAAGCGAGAAAUAUGUUAUUGGAUAUGGUGCAUCGAGCACUGUGUACAAGUGUGUACUCAAGAACUGCAGGCCUGUGGCUGUGAAGAAACUCUACUCUCACUACCCCCAGUGUUUGAAAGAAUUUGAAACCGAGCUAAACACGGUAGGGAGCAUCAAGCAUCGGAAUCUCGUUAGCCUUCAAGGAUAUUCACUGUCCCCUUCCGGAUACCUUCUGUUCUAUGACUACAUGGAAAACGGAAGCCUCUGGGACGUCCUUCAUGGGACUACAAAGAAGAAGAAACUUGGGUGGAACACCCGUCUUCGCAUAGCACUAGGCACUGCACAGGGGCUAGCGUAUCUUCACCACGACUGUAGCCCUCGGAUCAUCCACAGGGAUGUGAAGUCGUCCAACAUUUUACUGGACAAGGACUACGAAGUUCAUCUCACGGAUUUUGGCAUUGCCAAGAGCCUAUGCACAUCCAAGACUCACACUUCGACGUUCUUGAUGGGAACUAUUGGUUACAUUGAUCCUGAAUAUGCUCGGACUAACCGUCUUACAGAGAAGUCUGAUGUGUACAGCUAUGGGAUUGUGCUUCUUGAGCUGCUUACCGGAUGGAAAGCUGUGGACAACGAGUCAAAUCUACACCAACUGAUUCUGGAAAAGGCAGCAAACAACUCAGUGAUGGAAACUGUGGACCCGGAGAUCUCGGAGACCUGCUCGGAUCUGGGGGAUGUGAAGAAGGUGUUUCAGCUGGCUCUGUUGUGCACGAAGCGACAGCCGUCGGAUAGGCCAACGAUGCAUGAGGUGGUUCGUGUGCUGGGGAGCUUAGUGCCCCCACCUGCGGAUGCUAAACCGACAGCACCGGUGUCUCUCCUCCAAUCUGGGAAAGGCUAUAAGGAUGAGUAUGCAAAUCUGAAGACGACUCACUUGAUCAACUGCCCUUCCAUGAGCACAUCCGAUGCCCAACUAUUCCUAGAAUUUGGGCAGGUGAUUUCUCAGAACAACGUGUGAACAAGAAUUAAUGUAGAAAAACUUAGUGGCGGCGGCGGCAGCAGCAGCAGUAGUUGUAAUUAUGAUCUAUCUGUCUGCUUAAUUAUUUAGCACCUAAUCAAAUUUGAGAUGUGAGUUUCAAAUUUGGUUGGAAAUAUCAAUUAUUGUACUGUAGUAGUGGGAUUUUUGGGUAUGUAUAAAAGGGACCACGACCACUCUUUCUUGGAUA